AUGGGUCUCAUUGAAGAGGAGAAGAAUCCGAAGCCAUCUGCUCCAACGUCUUCUGUGAGCUCGAGCGACCGGGAGAGUUUAGACCGCCCAACACGCCUGGAAGCAAUCAAAGAAUUGCUUCGACUUGGUGGAAAUGGAGACUACCGCCCUUUUACGACGACUGCGCCGGUCAUGUUGGCCUUCUUGAUCACAGUGGUUUUGUGCUUCGUGUUGUUACAGAACAUCGUCAACAGUGGAAGCCCGUUAGACUCGCGAGAAAAGCACUCUCCCCAGAAGAGGACAGAGGCUUUCAGUAUUGAGGAGCGAGUGGAUCUUCAAGACGUCAAUGUUUUCUUUGCCUCAAAUGAGUUAGAAAAUACUGCUGGUGGUUCCGUCGGUAUACUGACAAAACAUGUAUCACGCUCGUCAACACCUGAGGACGGACCCAGGUGCAAGCAUCAAGUGGAUCUGAGGUACGUUUGGUGGGCAUACACCUCAGAGAACAACAUCGGUAGCUUCGCUGCGCAAGACCCAAUUCUUGACUGUAUACCUUACUGCUCGAGAAUCAACUGCGGGUCCUUUGCUUUUGAUCCUCAGGCCAAUUGGUGCGAGUACUACAUGAGCUCAUUCGAUGGAGAUGCACCUGGAGCAAUUUACGAUGCAAAUACAUUUCCAGACUCGGACGAUUUUUUCAUUUACGAACCUAAUUGUACGAUGUCUAUCACCGGGCCUUCAAUUUCCAGCGUCAGUCUGUCGAUAACACCUCCUUCAACUUCAUCUGCGAGUUUGCCGUCAAGAACAACUACGACGUCUGUCCUUGACGAUUUGACGACGAGAAAUGUUUUCUUCACAUCAACUUCUAUUUCCACCAACUCCGUGACGGCCGCCUACAUGUUCCUUCCGGCAACAGAGAGUAGUCAAAUCAUCUCUCAGAAUAGCUCAAGCACUUCGAGUUCUGGUACUAGAUCGCUGACAUUUCUCUACACCACACUCACUCCACACUUCACCUCACUAAGCCGGACAUUGAGCGUUUCGAAUACCACUGCAAGCUACAUUUCCCUCUCAAGUACCACUGCAAGCCACACUAUCCUCUCAAGUACCACUGCAAGCUACAUUUCCCUCUCAAGUACCACUGCAAGCCAAACCAUCCUCUCAAGUACCAUUGCAAGCUACAUUACCCUCUCAACAGAGUCAAACAGGGGAUAUGCAACAACCAUUUCCCCGUUGGAGCAGACGACAUUAAUUGCCACAGUAUCGUCACACUCGAUGAUCAUCUCAAAUCAAAGCGAGUAUGGAGGAAAGUCUACAACAAGUCACCCAGAACAGGAACCACCAGUGUCUUCUCGCACAGCUCUAACGCCGCCAAAAAUCACCCCCGACUUAGUGACUAGCGAUUCUAGAACUGCAUCAACAUCCACAGUCAUCUCAUCAGACGGAGGUGAGACUGUCGCUGUCCCAGAGCAUUCGACCAGCGCGACCGUGGCCAGCAGUCCAAACCCUACUUCAAGCACAAGCGCUGUCAUAGCUAUUAUAAGAUCGUCGACGAUAAAGACUACGACCAGCGGCCAGAAUCUAAAUUCAAGCUUAAGUGCUGCCAUAGUCGUAUCAACAUCACCGUCAACCUUGACAUUUGCCAGCAACUAUCGGGACCCUACUCCAGGCACAACAAGUAUCUUUUCGGUUCCGGGGACAUCCUCACCUCAGGCCACAAGCAGCACUGAUGGGGUUUCUACCGAAAGCGCAAGCGCUUCACCGAACAUGAUAACUUCAUCUCCGUGGAGAAUCCUCUACCUCUCAUAUGUCAUCACUGAGUGA